AUGUGUCGCCGCGACGCUGAUGCAACGGGUGCCAACCUCGACAUUGCCAAAGGUCGCGAGGUCCUGCCCAAGAAUGUCAAGCCCCUCCACUACCACCUGACUCUGGAGCCCAACCUCGAGACCUUCGAGUAUGAGGGCAAGGUCGUUAUUGAUCUCGAUGUCGUCGAGGACACCACUUCCAUCUCGCUGAACACGAUUGAUCUCGACAUCAAGUCCUCCGAGGUUCACUCCGGCUCGAAGCUCAUUACCUCCUCGCCCAAGCUCUCCUACGAUGAGAACACCCAAACCACGACCGUUUCGUUCGAUGACACCAUCCCCGCUGGCCACAAGGCUACCCUUACACAGACCUUCAAGGGUACCCUCAAUGCCAACAUGGCUGGCUUCUACCGCUCGAGCUACAAGGGCGAGGAUGGCAGCGACAAGUACAUUGCCACCACUCAGAUGGAACCCACCGAUGCUCGCAGGGCCUUCCCCUGUUUCGACGAGCCCGCCCUCAAGGCCGAGUUCACCAUUACCCUGAUCGCCGACAAGAAGUUGACUUGCUUGAGUAACAUGGAUGUUGCCAAUGAGAAGGACGCACACAACGGAAAGAAAGCCGUCACCUUUAACAAGAGUCCCCUCAUGUCGACCUACCUUUUGGCCUUCAUCGUUGGUGAGCUCAACAUGAUCGAGACUGAUGCAUUCAGACUUCCUGUACGUGUCUUUGCAACCCCCGACAAGGACAUUGAGCAUGGUCGUUUCUCUUUGGAGCUUGCAGCCAAGACUCUGGACUUCUACGAGACCAAGUUCAACAGCAAGUUCCCUCUUCCCAAGAUGGACAUGGUUGCCAUUCCCGACUUCAGCGCUGGCGCUAUGGAGAACUGGGGCCUGGUCACUUACCGCGUUGUUGACCUUCUGUUUGAUGAGAAGACCAGCAGUGCCUCUACCAAGCAGAGAGUUGCCGAAGUCGUGCAGCACGAGCUUGCUCACCAGUGGUUCGGCAACCUCGUCACCAUGGACUUCUGGGAUGGCCUCUGGUUGAACGAGGGCUUCGCCACAUGGAUGUCGUGGUACUCUUGCAACGAGUUCUACCCUGAGUGGAAGGUGUGGCAGGGCUACGUCACGGAUAACCUCCAAAGUGCUCUCGCUCUCGACUCUCUGCGCAGCUCUCACCCUAUUGAGGUUCCUGUCAAGCGUGCCGAUGAGAUCAACCAGAUCUUCGACGCCAUCUCAUACUCGAAGGGAUCUUGCGUUCUCCGCAUGGUCUCCAAGUACCUCGGCGAGGAGACUUUCAUGGAGGGUGUUAGACGCUACCUGAAGAAGCACGCCUUCGGCAAUACCCAGACUAACGACCUUUGGGCUGCUUUGAGCGAUGCUAGCGGCAAGGAUGUUGAGAAGAUCAUGGAUAUCUGGACCAAGAAUGUCGGUUUCCCUGUUGUUAGCGUUACCGAGGAUGCCAAGAACAACUCUGUCCACGUCAAGCAAAACAGAUUCUUGCGUACUGCAGAUGUCAAGCCUGAGGAGGACAAGGUUCUGUACCCUGUAUUCCUUGGUCUCCGUUCCGCCGACGGUGUUGAUGAGGAGCUCACACUUGAUGGCCGUGAGAGAAGCUUCAAGGUCAAGGACCUCGACUUCUACAAGAUUAACGCAGACCACUCGGGUAUUUACAGAACUUCGUACUCUCCUGAGCGCCUUCAGAAGCUUGGAGAGGCUGCCAAGAAGGGUCUUCUCACUGUUGAGGACAGAGCCGGCAUGAUUGCCGACGCCGGUGCUCUUGCUGCGUCUGGCUACCAGAAGACCUCUGGUGUUCUCUCUCUGCUACAGGGCUUCGACACGGAGCCCGAGUUUGUCGUUUGGGACGAGCUUACUGCCCGCAUCGCUUCGGUACGCGCAGCUUGGGUCUUCCAGGACGACAAGGUCAAGGACGCCCUCAAGGCUUUCCAGCGUGAUCUUGUCGCCAAGAAGUCGCACGAGCUUGGCUGGGACUUCAAGGAGAGUGAUGGCCACAUUGAGCAGCAGUUCAAGUCGCUGCUUUUCAGCAGUGCAGCUCUCUCGGGUGACGAGAAGACCAAGGCAGCAGCGCUCGAGAUGUUUGAGAAGUUCAAGAACGGUGACAGAUCAGCUAUCCACCCUAACUUGCGUGGCGGAGUGUACGCCGUUGCUCUCCAGAAUGGAGGCGAGGCCGAGUACGAUGCUAUCCUGGACGAGUACAGAACCGCCAAGGUGGCCGAUGAGCGCAACACAGCACUGCGUUCGAUCGGACGUGCUAGACAACCCGAACUCAUCAAGCGCACACUUGCCAUGGCUCUCAGCAAGGAGGUCAAGGACCAAGACAUCUACCUUCCUCUUGGUGGUCUUCGUUCGCACAAGGAGGGUAUUCUCGCACUGUGGGACUGGGUCAAGGUCAACUGGGACACUAUCUACAAGAAGCUUCCUCCUGGUCUCAGCAUGCUCGGCAGUGUGGUCAGCCUCUGCACUAGCAGCUUCACCAGCGAGAAGCAGAUUCAGGAAAUUGAUGCGUUCUUCAAGGAGCGCAGCACAAAGGGCUUCGACCAGAGUCUUGCACAGAGCUUCGAUGCAAUUAGAGCAAAGGAUGGCUGGUUGAAGAGAGAUGCUGAAGAUGUAGAGGCAUGGCUCAAGGCCAACAAGUACCUGUAA